UGAUUUCAACUCAGACAUGUUUUUCGCCUGACGGACUGUUGCGAUGGAGAUAAUGGCAGUGAACCUGCCGUCGAGCGCCAGUCUCCCUGCGUCUCCGUGUGCCGAGGACUCGGGCUUCCCGCUGGGCUCUCUAGACAGCGAAGACUACGUGUUUGUGGAGGCUCGGCAUCCCAACAAGGUGCUGGAGGGCUUGAACAGCCUGCGGCUCAAUAAGGCCUUCUGUGACGUGACUCUGUGCUGCGGGGGGCAGGAGUUUCCCUGUCACCGCAUCGUCCUCGCCUCCUUCAGCUCAUAUUUCCAGGCCAUGUUCUCCACCGACCUGAUGGAGUCGCGUCAGGAGCGCGUGGCCAUCAACGGAGUGGAGCCGCAGAUGAUCGGGAUGCUGGUGAACUACGCCUACACGGCGGAGGUGGUGAUCUCCAAGGCUAACGUGCAGGCGCUGCUGGCGGCCGCUAACCUGCUGGACGUGCUGGCGGUGCGCGAGGCCUGCUGCCGCUUCAUGGAGCGCCAGAUGGACGAGAUCAACUGCGUGGGCAUCCACUGCUUCGCCGAGGCGCACUCGUGCCGGGAGCUGGAGCGACGCAGCAUGGAGUACAUCCAGCAGCACUUCAGCUGCGUCUGCCAACAGGAGGAGUUUCUUUCUCUGUGUGCCGAUAAACUGACCGAGAUCAUUUCCAGUGACGAUCUGAACGUGCCGAAAGAGGAGACCGUGUUCGAGGCGGCCAUCGUUUGGCUGGAGAAAAGCUCCUCGCGCAGACAGAGCUUCGAGAGGGUUCUCGAGCACAUCCGUCUGCCGCUCAUCAGUCCGUACUACAUCCAUGACGUGGUGGAGACGCUGGAUGUCGUGAAGGAGUCGCUGAAGUGCCAGAAGCUGAUCUCUGAAGCCAAGGACUAUCUGCUGCUGCAGGACCGCAGAGGAGAGCUGUACGGGCCCCGGGCUCGGCCCCGACGCGCCACAGGCACAGCUGAGGUGAUUGUGACAGUAGGAGGAGAGGACGAUAAGGUUGUUCUGCGCAGCGUGGAGAGUUUCGACCCGCUCACCAGCCAGUGGAAGAGUCUGGCCUGCCUGCCCUUCGCCGUCAGCAAACACGGCCUCGUCGUCUCCGGCUCCAUGCUGUACCUGGCCGGCGGUGAGUUUCCAGACGGCUCGGCCAGUCGCGAGAUGUGGCGCUAUGACCCGUGUUUUGACUCCUGGUUAGAGAUGGCACCCAUGAACGUGGCUCGAUCAGAACUGGGGCUGGUGAUGCUGGACGGGUAUGUGUUUGCUGUGGGCGGCUGGGAGGGCCGUUCUCGCCUGGACUCGGUCGAGUGUUAUAACCCUCACACAAACACAUGGCAGUUCAUGGAGUCGGUGAAGAUGGCGGUCACCAGUCCGGCUGUGGUGGCGCUGGAUGGGUUGCUCUAUGUGACAGGAGGAGCUGUUUUAGAAGAUGGCGAUGGCACAGACUUGGCGCAGGUGUACAACCCUAAGACCUGCGUGUGGGCCGAGGUGGCGCCCAUGCAGAUCGCCCGCUCGGGAUCGGCUGCCUGUAUCCUGAAGGGCAAGAUCUACGUCAUCGGCGGCUGGCACGCGUCCACCGAGAACACGGAUAAGGUCGAGUGCUACGACCCCAAGACCAACCAGUGGACCAUGUGCGCGCCCAUGAAGGAGCGGCGCUACCGGCCCGGCGUGGCCGUGGUGGACGGCAAGAUCUACGUUUUGGGAGGAGAGGAGGGAUGGGACAGGUAUCACGACACUAUCGAGCGGUACUGCGAGGACUCGGACAGCUGGGAGCUCGUGGGAGAGAUGCCCACCAGCCGAAGCUGGCUCAGCUGUGUGUCCCUGCGGCUCCUGAAGGACACACACACACACACCCGUCCCGGGACGGCCCUGGAGACCGAGUUCCCCGUGGACUGAGAGCAACGGUACCACACCGGCAGCAGAACCGGCCCGGGACCGAAGGCUUCAGGCUCUCAGAGCGAACGCUUCCGUAAGGAACGGAGAAGGCCUGACCCGAGCACUGGACGGUCUUCAGAAAACACUCAUGUCAUAAGCUAGUCUCCAGCGUGACCCAGCGUGAGGCUGGGUCGACGGAUCGAUGGUAUCUGUGGUGAUCGUAAGUGUGUUUGUGUGUUUUUGCGCCACAUCUCAGAGUCUCCACAGUAUCAGUUUAAUGUGAUGUUACGCUGAGCACCUCACGAUUGUGACUUGUAAUCAAGUACUGAUUUGUUUUCUAAUGAAGUAUUGUGGUGUAAAUGUUUUGUACUCUUUUUGUAUGGUGAUUUUUGUUGUAUUUAUUAUGGGAUGUUUUCUGUUGUACCGAGUAACUAGCACAGAUACACUGAAACAUGUUGACUGACAUUCAUCAGAACCGUGAAUAGUCUGCGUAUUGUGCACAGUAUGUGAUUUAUUUCAGUAUGUAUACCCACAUUACCUACUACUUUUGCCAAAAUCUGCAGGAUACAGCGACUGAGCACGUUGUGCUGGGUGCUGUAUCCCACAAUGCACCGUGUGUAACUUGAUUGUCCACUGUAUGAUGAAUGAACCUGAAUUACAGCUUCAAUUUUUACCAUC